GAAAUCGCGCGCGUCGGCUAACGACUGCUUCUGCAGCUUGCUCAGGCGUGUCUUCGUCCCUCAACUACAUUCCCUACACCAAUUGCUUUACGGCCUGCCUCGAUCGCAAGCAUGCAGCUCACCGGAAGCAAGUUUUCGGCGAUGCAGGGGCCGCGCUGCGCCUCUGCCGGGGUCAGGCCCAAGGCAAUUGCAACUGCGCACCCUUCUUCAUCCCAAAUGCAUGUGGUGCGGCAGCUGGGCUUGGCGCCGUCCCCUUUUUGCGGAAGUAGGCCAUCUUUUUCAACGAAGGCGGUCAAGGCGGACGCUCCCAGCGACCAGCUGGACACUGCCAUGCUGCGCAUGAUUUCGGAGCUUUCGGGUCGAGUGGACGAGGCUGUGGCAGUGACCGUGACCAAGAACAACGAGGCCGCAAGGCAAAUCGCUUUUGCCAGCGACUCGGAGCUCCGCAAGCGCGUUGUGGCUUCCAUUCAGAAGCUGUCCAAGGGACUUCUGGAGAGGGAUGUCGAGGUGCGCCUUCUGCUGCUGGCCGCGCUAUGCUGCGAGCACUUGCUGCUGCUGGGCCCGCCCGGCACUGCCAAGUCUGAGCUGUCGCGCCGGCUGUCGUCGCUGUGCGGCGGCACCUACUUUGAGCGCCUGCUGACCCGUUUCUCGGUGCCCGAGGAGCUGUUUGGCCCCCUGUCCAUGAAGGGCCUGGAGAACGACCUGUACGUGCGCCAGACGGACGGCUACCUGCCCACCAGCGAGGUGGCGUUCGUGGACGAGAUCUUCAAGGCCAACAGCGCCAUCCUGAACGCGCUGCUGACGCUGCUGAACGAGCGCCUGUUUGACAACGGCAACCAGCGCCUGGAGGCGCCGCUGCUGUGCCUGGUGGGCGCCUCCAACGAGAUGCCCGAGUCGGAGGAGCUGGACGCGCUGUACGACCGCUUCCUCAUCCGCCGCACCGUGUCGCAGGUGAUGAGUGGUGUGGUGGUCGGCUCCAUGAUGCCGCAGCAGCAGCAGCAGUCGCCGCCGUCACCGGGGGGCCAGCAGCGCCACCACCACAUGCAGCAGCCCGGCGGCGGCCCGUCGUCACGUGCCUACACGUCGGGUUUCGCGCCGCCGCCCCGCCCGCCGCCCGCCCCCACCUCCGCCGCCGCCUCCGUCGCCGCUUCCGUCACGGCGGCGGCCGCCGCCGCCGCAGAUGCCGGCCUCGCCGCUGCCACUGGCGGCGUCAGCGCCCGCGCCUCGCCCGUUGUGUGCGCCGCCGCCGUCAUGGUGGACGCCCCAACCACCACCACAACCACCUCCACGAGCAACGGCAACGGUAACGGAAAGUAUAACGGUAACGGAAACGGCGGCAGCGCCUCGCUGGCGGCCGCCGCCACUGCGGCAUCCGCCGCCGCCGCCCGCGCCACUUCGAGAUCCAGCCCUAGCUCUGGAUCUAUCUCGCCUGGUGGUCCGGGCCAGCCGCCCAUCAAGAUGGUCCGUCUGGGCCCGACGGUUGACGUAACGGCCACGGCCACCACCGUAACGGUGACCGGCUCAACCGCCGCGGCGGCGCCGAUGCUGUCGACUGCGGGUGUGAUUGACGACGUUGAGGCCGAGGUGAAGCCGCCGGCGACGCCGGCAGUGCCGGCGGUGGAGCCUGGCUGCCUGGCUGGCAUCUGGGAGAAGGAUCUGGACGCCAGCGAUGUGGGGGGCUACGAGAAGGCGCUGGACCUGUGGCAGAUCAGCGGCGUGCAGAAGGCCACCGCCCGCCUGAUUGAGGGGCUGGAGCUGCACGCGGUGGCGCCCAGCAGCGGCCCCCCCGGCGGCGCCCAGCGGGCCCCCGGCGGUGCCUUCCACGUGCACUUCCUCACCAUCAUCCCCUACUUCAAGGUCACCGAGGUGUACCCAAUGGGCGGCGGCGCCCGCUCCAAGAUGCGGCGGCGUGACCAGCGCGGCGGCGACGCCAUGGCCUGCGCGGAGCGGGUGCCCACGGGGGUGGUGUGCCGGGCCAGCUGGGGCGCGCCCUUCGCCGGCGAGCUGGAGGAGAGCUACACCAUCCCCGACCCGGUGGGCGCGCCCGACUGCAUGCACGUCACCAGCACCAUCCGUGUGGGCGACAAGUCCGCAACCACCCUGCAGGUGUACCAGCGGCGGCGCAACUUGUCGGCGGCGCAGUUGAUCAGCGCCAGCGAGAAGCGGAACGGCAAGGCGCACGACGUCCUGAAGCGCUUCGGCAUGUAAUAAGCUACGCACAACUUUCUCGCUUGUGUUGGAUAGCACCGGUACUUUACCGCGUGACUUGUGCUUGCGGCGUGUGCGUGGUGAGGUGAGGAGAGGGUGGUGUGAAGGGAGUGAGGGGCGUGGCAGGCGGGGGCCGGAACGAGUGACGACGGGGGCGGUGGUGGCGAAGGGGGACGGGGGCAUGUGGGUAUCAACACACAUACACACACGACACGGCACGGCACGUUGCCCAGGCCUGGAGCAAGACCAAGACCAAUUGGCAUGGGGUAGGACCAGACACAGCUGCAUGUGCAUAGAUGGAUAAAACUGUGUCAGCUGCUUGCUUUUUACCGGCAAUACGGUACACGGAACACCGGUAAAGCGGUUAUGCCUGUACUUGUCCAUCAAGUCAACCUUUGCCGUAACGUGCCAUCCGUUGUGUGCGCGUGUCGUCUGAGCACGUUGCGGGUGUGUGAGGUUAGUUGCUGAGGUCCGUGCGUCUGUGUGUGUGUGUGUGUGUGUGUGUGUGCAAUUGUUGCAAUGUGAUUUAGAUUAUUCAUUCAUCGGCGGGAGGGGGUGUGGAAGCAAGGCGCCCGGCACAGGCUGACGCAGCAGGGCGGCCAUUACGCACACAGACAACAACAUUGCCGUGACGUAAUAAGGCGUGAUACCCACGUGACAUACCUUAUGGUGGUGGAUGCCUAGGUUGGGGCGACGUCAUUGGAUGUGCGGCCCGGGGAGAAACGGGGCGAGGCGACGUGUUGGUUAGAGGCGGCAUAAUCGGAGGUGCGGGCCGUGCGGCCCAGGGGAAGAAGGGGCGAGGCACGUGUACCGUAUGUGGCAGUGCGCGUAAGCGGACCGUGGGGGUUGUAGAUACCAGCCCAUACUAAACCAAACCCAAUGCAAUAGAGCUUGGGGGCUUGAAAAGCCUGUGCGCACGACACAAGCACAGACCGCACCUCUGCAUUGACUGCUGCUAAUGCUCAUGCCGAUGUAUAGGGACAUAACCAGGCGAGCGCGGCGCGUUUGUACAACAGGUGACCAGGUGUAACGAGCAUGCACUUUUGGACCUCUGGUUCAUUACACCAGGGCUGUGCCGCCAUCAUGUGGCAGAGAGAGCCAGGGAGCCAGGGUGGCCCCUUUGUCGCCGCAGUCGGAUUGUUGUAAACUCCUUGCGGGCUCAGGUACUACAGAAACGCCAAGUUGUGUAAUCUUAUCAGCUCAACUGCCGUACUACUGGAAUGCCAGGUCGUGUAAUAUUCCAAGCUC